GUGGUCCUACACGUCUUGACCACUGGCGACGAGUAUGGCGUGUGCGUGUCCAAGGAUGUGUCAGAAACAAUCGAGAUUGCUUGGCUGCUGCUCGAAGCCUCCACCCUGAGGGUAAUGAACCAAGGCUCGUGUCUCGUUAGGCCGGUCUCAACACCCAUCACAGACCUCUGUACCAAUAUCACAAGCCUCCAGUACGAAGAUGUCCAGGAUGCCGGAUCAUUCGCCCGUGCUAUUCAAAAACUGCAGAGCGCCAUCACGGAGCUUGCUGAUCUCGAACGAACCGCUUUUAGCUUUGUCUCUAUGGACGCGUGGGAUCUCACUAUUCAACUGCCUCGAGAGGCACGCGACAAAGCCGUUGUUCUGCCAUAUUGGCUAGAACAUGCUCGUGUAUAUGAAUUGGCAGAGGCCUUCUUCUUCUUGCACAAGGAAGGUCUCGCACCAGCUCCCGCUGCAGGGAUGCAGAAAUCCAGCAGCAAUCUAUGCACGUCACUUGGUCUACAAGUCAUCAGCAGGCUUGCUGAUCGCAUGCCUGGAACGCCCGCCGUCUCCCCUCAAACGAUGCAACCUGGCUCAAAGCCACGCAGGGCCAUGGACGAAUGCCACAACAUGUUUAGCAUUCUGCGUUCCCUCCUCCGCCUUUCUCAACCUAUUUGGCAGACCAAGUUUCCCUUCAGCCAGCCGAUCGAUGGACUUGCUGACUAUGUCACUUUCGAGGAAGAAAAUUCUCGCGUGCUGUUCCUAACGAAUUUGCCAGCGGAGACUACGCAGUCUGAGCUUGAGAGUUGGUCAACACAGCAUGGUACCCGACCAGUUGCCUUUUGGACCUUGCGUGCACCAGAUCUACAGCCUCCUCCGGGUGUUGGGUUCGCCAUCUUUGCCACACACGAUGAAGCGACGCACGGAUUGAGUUUGAAUGGUCGAGCACUGGGUGAUAAGAUCAUCAAAGUCUCUCCCAGCAGUCCUAUGUUGUUGGACACAGCAGCCAGUCUGCUCACGUCCUUUCCGGCAUCCAAGAAUCGUCCGCGCCCGGGUGACUGGCUAUGUGGGUUAUGCGGCUUUAGCAACUUUCAGCGAAGGCAAGCCUGCUUUCGCUGUGCCUGCCCAGCGACCAUGGUGCGUGACUCGGCCGCACGCGGGAAUAUGGUGCAGAGUGCUGGCAUGCCUGUGGCAGCAGCAGCAGCAGCAGCAGCCGCAACGGGCUACUUCCAGCAGACACACUACAAUGGGUACACCUCUCCACCUAUGCAAAACUAUGGCCUGCUCUCGCCCGGCUUGUCGCUGCCCUCAUCUACAGUGGUAACGCCUACAUCUCCAGUCUUUCGUGCUGGCGACUGGCAUUGUGGUUUGUGUGCAUUCCACAAUUUUGCGCGCAACAUUGCAUGCUUGAAGUGCAGCGCUCAGCGU